AUGAUGGAAUCAUCUAAUGUGAUUGUAAAUGACUCCUCUAUAUUGCAAGUUGAAACAAGUUGUCAAGAUACAGAUCUGGAAACUCACAAACCUACUGAUGUUACUGAUACUGAUUUCGAGGAUUGUAAUCAGCCUUUCAAACCUGUGAUACUCAGACCUGGUGCUAAACAAGUUCAGAAAGAUCACUCACCCUCUGACAUUAUUGGGAAUGUUGAUGAUAAAUUGAGAUCUUAA